AACGCGGUAGCAGCAGCGCCCGGGCCGCCGCCGGAGUCGCCGUUUCCUCUGCUCUUUCGGGCCGUGGGCCAUUUGGGAGCAUCUCUAAUGUUUUGCAGACGUGGCGUUCGACAACACUUUGUGUGCAGCGAUCGGAGGACGAUUGGGGCCCCGUCUCACCUCCGGAGGUUACAGCCUUGGGAGCGUGGCUCCGGAAGGUGUCACCUGCUGCCGCAGCCGCCUCUGGAGAUCCUGCUCCGUGCGGCCACAUCCACCCGCGCCUCUCCAACCGGCUCCGUGCGAAGCCUUGAGGCUGGCCCCGUUAAACCGAGGUUAAGCAAGGAGUGUUUGCAUUAGCCUGCAACUUUCCAAGCACGACGCCUGGGCUCUUCCGCCUCAUUCUCUCACUGCUUUGAAAAAUUCUUCUGUUAGAUGCGACGGAGUGGCAAAUCCCUGGGUCAUCUUUUGGGGCUUCUUUGCUGGACGGAGGUGUGUUGCAGGACUGCUGCCCGGCGGAGGCCGACGUUUUCCCACUGAGGCCCCCGAGUGCACACGCAGGGCUCCCUGGUUCGCCGCCGGCGCUUUCGCCCUGCGUUCCCGGAGCUUCCUCCCGAGGGGUGUCUCCGCGCCGGACCGCCAGGUGGCGCCCUUCUCGAAGGGAAUUCGCCUCAGUCACAGAUGGCGGGGAGUUGCCUGGCAACCGAAACUGGGCGUUCCAAACAGUUGGGACCCGGGAUCCUCCGCCUGCGUGGUGUGGGGCUGCGCGGGCUCCCGGCCCUCGCACCCGCGUCUCGCUCCGCCUUUUACCAUGCCUUUCCCCCGAGACCCUCUCCAGCGCCCUACGUUGGAAAACGAUGACUCCUACCUGGGGAAACUCCGGGCUUCCAAGAAACUGCCAUAUAAGAACCCAACUCACCUUGCUCAGCAACAGGAACCCUGGAGUCGGCUCAGCUCAACUCCCACAAUCACCUCCACGAGGCGGGAUAUUUAUUUUCUUGAUCCUGAGAUACCAAAGGAUGACCUGGAUUUCCGCUUAGCAGCCUUGUACAACCACCACACAGGGACAUUCAAGAACAAAAGUGAGAUACUUUUACACCAGGAGACCACCCAGGAUAUCCAUGGAAUCAUCAAGACCCAAUUCCCUGGAGAACUUUUACCCCCUCCUCCGCCACCUUCCGUCACUUCCCGAGCUAACAUCAGACACUGGAUCAACCCUAAGAAGGAGUCUAUCCACAGCAUCCAGGGAUCCAUAGUGUCCCCUCACACUGCUGCCACCAAUGGAGGCUACUCCCGAAAGAAUGAUGGUGGCUUCUUCUCUACUUAGUGUUGACAGGCUCCUGGACUAAUUAAUCAUAGUGGAACAUACUGCCGCUCACCUCCAUUAAAUAGAUUUGUGCUGGAUGAAGCCUGAAGUGCAUUA